UAGAUAUACUAGCAGGCAAUACACCUCCUUUUCUCACCGCAAGAACAUUACUAUCACCCUACAAUUUGUCCUCUCUCUUUGCGGUUGCUUUUUCACGUUCAUUCAUGGCUGAUUCAACGGUUGUCACGCAAUGUAUCAUCUGCAGUACCACCAGAAAACUGCGUAAAUGUCAGGGUUGUCAUGUAGUCUCCUAUUGUGGGCGAGAUCAUCAGGCAUAUGACUGGGGAUUGCACAAAAUGAUAUGCAAGUGCCUCAAAAAGCUCCAAGAUGACUUGCACCGAGAGGAAGAGAGACUAAGGAGUUUGCCCGGCGACGGCAUACGACCAGAAUUUCACAGCGGACCGGUUGGGAGUUUGUUCGAGGAAGCCCACGAGUAUGCCAGGUUCUGGGAGAUUCCCGAGACACAGGAGUAUAUGACGAUACGUCAAGCUAUGGUCCAAGGUCUCCUGGAAAUCAAGACAUUGGAAGCGGUCCAGGCCGCCCAGCGUCAUUGCACUUUCAUGAUUUGGGUGAAUCCCCCAGACGACCUGGACAUUCGUGACAUAGUCAUGCCCUUGUACAUUCGUCUCGGUGCCAUUCAGAGAUGCUACGACGAGCUCAAAUGGUGCGCCGAAGAGGGCUCAGACCCUCUUUACGACUGGGGCCGUCCACGAGAAACAAUGCAGCAUAUAGAAGCCAACAGAGACAUCCUCGAGGAUGUUAAUGACUUUCUUCGGGAAUAUGUGAGCCUCAGUCUGAAAGUUGCUGUGACCUUGAUCAAGGUCACAUUUUUACUACAAGUCCAAUCCCUCCGCAACGCAGCCAUCCUCAGCAAAAGAUUACCACAAGAGAUUGUCGACUGUGUCGGUCGUCAAGCUGUGAAUCGAGACGUGUUGAAGAAAAAAGAAAUCAUGGACAGUGAAUGCCAUGAAUCCGUCAUUAAGAAGUUGGAGAUGCAGAUCCGGAUAAUGUAUGUCGCCGUUAAGAGAGAUUCACCGCAGGUGUGGUCAGAGCUGCUCAAGCCUCGGCAACAUAUCCCAAAGUAUGUCUCAGCACGACAAAAAUACAGGAAUGAGCCUGAAUCGGUCCAAGCUGUCGUUCGGUACAACUAUUUCUCCUGGAUAGAGACACCAGGAGCACUUGAAGUGAUCAAAGACCUUGCCCAACACUUCGACACCAGAUGAAAACUGGUUUCUGUUCUCCUAAUCCACAUGAGGACACAGGAGACAGAUAGCCACCGUGGCGGAGAAUGCUAUCGCGCGAACUGAGGCGCUGCCGGAGUGUUCGAUUGAUGAGACUCUAUGGUGGACGGUAGACUGAUGGCCCAGGUGUUUCUGCCUGUGAUACUCAAGGGAGCAGCGCGGCGCUCGUUUGAGGACGUCAUACCACAGCCAGUAUAUUGGCGCCACAUCGACCUGAUAUCGAAGCCGCAACCA